ACAACACAGCACAAUUACAGGUGUUUGGUCCAGAUGAUUAUCUUGUUGCUGUAGCUGGAAAAGAUCUGGUUUUGCCCUGUUAUAUCAAACCCAGCACCAGCGUUGUGGAAAUGACAGUACGAUGGCUCAAACAAGAAACAAAACACAUGUUAGUGCAUCUCUAUAAGGAUCAUGAAGACAGAAAUGAAGACCAGGCUCAGUCCUACAGAAGAAGAACAUCAUUGUUCACAGAGGAGCUACAGAAAGGCAACGCUUCACUCCGACUCUCAGAUCUCCGAGUCUCUGAUGAAGGAGAAUAUACAUGUUUCAUUGAGGAUGAAUCCUGGUCUGAUGACAUCACUUUUUAUGUUACUGUUAAUGCUUUGGGAAGCCACCCGGUGAUCAUGAUGGAGAGUUAUGAUAACUCAGGAGGGAUUCAUCUACUGUGUGAGUCCAGAGGGUGGAAGCCUGAACCUGAGGUUCUGUGGCUGGACAGAGAAGGAGACAUUCUGCCCGCUGAAGACACACAGAUACACAGAGACACUGAGGGCUUUAAUGUGAAACGCAGCAUCACUGUUCAUGAUAAUAGCAACCACAACAGAUUCUACUGCAGACUUCUACAAGAAGAUCACAUGAGGGAGACAGAAAUUAUCAUUAAUCGUAAAGUCUUUGGUGCUUGGAAGUGGGUUGUUGGAAUUUCAGUUUUAGCAUGUCUUAUUGCUGUUGGAUGGAUAAUAACUGCAGUUAUUUUACACAAAAAAGAGAAGCAGAGACAGAAAGUGGAAUACAUAUUAUCAGACAAGAAGAAGUUUGCAGAGCUGCAGAGUCGGAGCAUUGAAGAUGAUUUAGCAAAGAUGAAGAAGUUUGCAGUGGAUGUGAUUCUGGAUCCUGAUACUGCAAAUCCAUUUCUCAUCCUGUCUGCUGAUGGAAAACAAGUGACAGAUGGAGACGAGUGGCAGAAUCUCCCUGAUACACCACAGAGAUUUACUAAACAUCCUGAUGUUGUGGGAAAGCAGAGUUUCUCCUCAGGGAGAUUUUAUUAUGAGGUGCAGGUCAAAGAGAAAACUGAAUGGGAUUUAGGAGUUGUGAGAGAAAACAUUAACAGGAAGGGGAGAUUAUACUGACCUCAGUAUGGAUUCUGGACUGUGGGACUGAGGAAUGAGAAUCAGUAUAAAGCUGGUGCUGGUCCCUCUGUCCCCCUCACACUGAGAGAGAAGGUGGAGAAGGUGGGAGUGUUUGUGGAUUAUGAGGAGGGUCUGGUCUCCUUUUAUGAUGUGAACUCCAGAUCUCAUAUCUACUCUUUCACUGGUCAGACUUUCACUGAGAAACUCUAUCCAUUCUUCAGUCCUUGUGAUAAUGAUGGAGGUAAAAAUUCAGCACCACUGAUCAUCACUCCUGUAUACUGCGCUCUUUUUGACAGAGUAUUUAUUGUCCUCUUAUUCAGAAUAUAUAAUCCUAACAUAUUUGGGAUGUUUUCAUAUGUGACUUUUCUGAUUCUCUACAGCUUUAUGGCAUCAAAAUCAGAGCAGAUGAAGGUUUUUGGUCCAGAUGGUCCUCUCGUUGCUGUAGCUGGUGAAGAUCUGGUUCUGCCCUGUUUUAUCAAACCCAUUACCAGUGCUGUGGACAUGACAGUGGAGUGGAUAAGACUUGAGAGAGGGGAGUCAUUAGUGCAUCUCUAUGAGGAUCAGAAGGACAAAAAUGAAAUGCAGGAUCAGAUAUACAAAGAAAGAACAUCACUGUUUAAAGACGAGCUACAGAAAGGCAACACUUCACUCAAACUCUCAACUCUCCGAGUCUCUGAUGAAGGAAUUUAUAAGUGUCAAGUUGAGAACAAAUCCUGGUAUGGUGAUGUUACUGUUCAUGUCACAGUUGAGGGUAAGGACCAAUUCUUCAUUGAAUUCUGGGAAGCCCCUCUGAUCACGAUGGAGAGUUAUGAUAACUCAGGAGGGAUUAUUCUAGUGUGUGAAUCCGGAGGUUGGAAACCUGAACCUGAGGUUCUGUGGCUGGACAGAGAAGGAGUCACUCUGCCUGCUGAAGACACACAGAUACACAGAGAUGCUGAGGGAUUCAGUGUGAAACGCCACAUCACUGUUUAUGAUUAUAGCGACUCCAACAGAUUCUACUGCAGACUUAUGCAAAAACAUCACAUGAUGGAGACAGAGAUUAUUAUUAAUAGAAAGGUCUUUAAUGCUUGGAAGUGGACUGUGGUUAUUUCUGUUCCAGCAUGUCUUUUUGCUGUUUUACUGAUAGCAAAUUGUAUAGCAGUAAUGAUUUUCUGCCACAAGAAAGAGCUGAAAACCCAGAGAAAGAAAGACGAAUUUAUUAAGAAAAGGAAGUAUGCAGUGGAUGUGAUUUUGGAUCCUGAUACAGCAAAUCCACAUCUUUUCCUGUCUGCUGAUGGAAAACAAGUGACACAUAAAGACACACUGCAGAAUCUCCCUGAUACACCACAGAGGUUUAAUGAAUGUACUUGUGUUUUGGGAAAGCAGGGUUUCUCCACAGGGAGAUUUUAUUAUGAGGUGCAGGUGAGCGGGAAAACUGCAUGGACAUUAGGAGUGAUAAGAGCUAAUAUAAACAAGAACAACAGGAUUAAAGCGAAUCCCCAGAAUGGAUUCUGGCUGGUGGAAUUUAGGAAUAACACUCAGUAUAGGGCUCAUGCUGAUCCUGAAGUCCUCCUCACACUGAGAGAGAAGGUGGAGAAGGUGGGAGUGUUUGUGGAUUAUGAGGAGGGUCUGGUUUCCUUUUAUGAUGUGAACUCCAGAUCUCAUAUCUACACUUUCCCUGGUCAGACUUUCACUGAGAAACUCUAUCCAUACUUCAGUCCUCAUAAUAAUAAUGGAGGUACAAAUUCAGAACCACUGACCAUCACUGCUAUUAAUGAAUAAAUAGCUAUUUUAUGUUCUACCUCACUUAUGAUUUUUCUUUCUUUUUUUUUCCUUUUUUUUUUGUAGAGCUGACUAUAAUGUUCAGAUACAUUUUGAAAUAAGAAUAAAAUAUUAAAAUACAUUCUAUUGUGUAGAUUGUAAAAUUAAUUGAGCUUAUAUGAACAUAAGAAUAUGCUUAUUAUCUCAUUCCAACAUUCUGUUAAAACAUGUGUUAGUCCACUUAUAGGUUUUUCAGUGUUUGUGAGCUGAUUUCUGUAAAGCAAACAGACAAAAAGACAGUGCUGUUGCUCCAUGUGGAAAUGUCUCAAAAAGUGUAAAUAUGACAAUUUAUCUUAGUUUACAGUUUCGGCCUCUUUAUUUUUCACUUACCUUGACCCUAUUUCUUAGCGAAUGCUUUAAAUAUAUUUAAAAUGUAUGAAAAUGCUUUAGUGAUUGGAUGUGCCGAAAUGUGUUUUUAAAAUUAGCCAAGUUCGUCUGUUUUGUUUAUUAUGAUGUAAUUUACAGAAAAUAAAGUAAUGUGAAACUUUGAAGUCUGUAUGUUACAAAUUUUAAUUGAAUGUUGUUAAGAC